AUGCCUGGAGCGUCAGCCGGCGUCCUGAAGCGUGGAGGGGUGGCUUUCCCGCUCGCUAAACAGGCAACCACCUCUCAGUUUGGGUUGCAAGAAGGGGCGCCCGCCACUUACUCCAAGCGCCUGGUGUGCUUGGUCGUGUUCGCCGUGGCCGCCUUCCUCGUGGUCGUCGUGGCGGGCCUCUUCUACGUCUUCGCGAUGCUCGCCCAGACGUCUGCGAGAAACGGCGACGGCUCGGAAGAACGCGUGAGCCUCUCGUGUCGCACCGGCGGCUGCUCCCGGUUCGAGGCGCUGCUCACGGACACCCUCAACACGAGCGUCGAUCCGUGCCACGACUUCAAGGCUUACGUCAGCUCGCGCUGGCUGCCCGACCCGUCCAAGGAGCUGGACGUCCAUUGGCGUUACGAGUGGGACGUAAAGUACGCCUGGAUGCGCAUGAUGGCCGACGAGAUACGACUGCGCUACCGCACGUCGCCGCUGGAGAGACUGAUGACCGACUCCUUCGGUGCAUGCGCUCACAGGGAGAAGGAGGACGCGGGCGAGACGCGCAAGAUGUUCAAGCAGGUGAUGCUCGAGCUCGGCAUUCCUUGGCCCGAAAAGCCGCCCAGCGACGUGGACCCGUUCGAAGCCCACCUCAACCUGAGCAUCCGCUGGAACGUACCACUCUGGUUCGACGUCAUGAUGCUUCCUGACGACACCGUGAGCGGUCGUAAGGCGAUCUACAUAUACCCGAGCACGUAUGCGAAAUUCUGGAGGGGCCAGUACCUCACCAUGACCAGCCCGGAUUCGAUACGCCGAUACGUGGACCAAUACCUGGCCUAUUUUUACCAAGACUCGACGAGAAACGCCAGCGGCGAGGCGGUCACCGAACUAUGCCAGUACGGCGCGGUGUUCACCUUCACCAGAAUCGUCGUCUUUCGCCUCGCCGAAGUCAUCGCCAAGGACAAGACCAUCGUGGACCUCAAGUUCGACUCUCUGGCACGAGCGUUCGGUCUGAAAACGGAACGCCUUGUUUCUCUGAUGAACGAGUACUUCCUGCCCGAGAACUUCUCAUCGUUCGAAACGGAGGACAGGGCCAUAGUGAAGGCGCCGAAGACGUUGGACGUCGUCCGUCACGUGAUCGCUGAUGCGGACGCCUCGACCGUGUUGAGCCACCUAGGCUGGUGGAUGCUGCAGGUGUACGCGCCCAUAGCGGACAAUCGUUUCUUCGUCCAGAAGUAUGGAAGCAGAGAGAAGGCCGAACUCCUGCGCCCGUUGUUCUGCGAGACCCAGGUCGAGACUUCCUUUAAGAUCCUGCUCCUCGUCAGUCACAUGGCCGUCAACUUCCGCGAUCGCCAGCAGCAGAGUAUCGACGAUCUCUUGAAGAGUGUGCGAGAGGCUGCCGUUGCCGAGUGCGAGAAGUUCGACCUGCCGGCCGACGUCAAGACGCUGCUGACGAGAAAGCUGAAACGCUUGCGCGUCAACCUGUGGCCCAAACCUGAGUACUGGUCUGCGGAGCUGCUCCGGCGCAUCUACUCGUUCAAGUACGCGAGCAAGAAGACCAUGCUGGACUACUGGAUCACGGAGAGGAGGGGCAACGCGGCGCUCAUCGGUGGCAGCGCCUACUUCGAGGACAAGCGGCUGCCGCACGGCAACUCCAAGGACACCUUCUCCUACGACAGUAUCUUGGACACCGUCACCUUGUCGAUGGUUGCUGUGCACGAGCCGUUUUACUACAGCGACGACGACGCGUUUGGCGCGAUUAACUACGGCGGUCUCGGCGCGGCCUUCGCCAAGGCCCUCAUUAAAGGCCUCGAGAACGACUCCGUGUUGCGCGCUGCCGUCGCUAAUGGCGCGUCGAGCGGCGCUGACGACAGAAAAGAGAGCCUACCCUGGGCCGCUGCGAUCGGCAAUGAUACUACAGUAUCACGACCGCUGGAACUCGGUCUGGUCGGUCCAGUCUUUCUGCCGGCAUUUCGCGCAUUCCAGGCAAAAAUGGGUGGCGCCGGCCCCGUUAACGCGGGCAAAUUCUCGCCGGCGAAAGUGUUCUUCGUCAACUUCUGCCACAGUCAGAUGCGCAUGUCGGCAAGCUUCGACUGCAACUCGGUGCUGAGAGGAGCGCACGACUUUAUUUCGGCGUUCGGUUGCAAACGCGGUAGCAAGAUGAACCCUUGA